CUCUUUCCAGACGACAUUCCUGAUUUCUACGAUGAUUACAUGAGUGAUGACAAUAACGCUUAUCUCAAUGGCGAGGUGCGGCGGCUGCUGAACGAACACGUGGAGAACCAGCAGUUUGUGUCGUCGCUGGAGUCUCAGUUCUACCAGAUCACGUACCCGGAGCAGCUGCAGAAGCAUGGCAAGCCCCAGGGCAUCUCCACUCGCGACGCCAGCAAGAUAACCGAGGAGGUAUGGAAUGAUGAUAGCGGUGGCAAGAGUAACCACGUCCACCGCACCUCCUACAGGAUAAAGGCCUUCAGUCACGUCUUCACCGUCGAUCUCCAGCUGAACACGCAGCUGCUCUCGCCCAGCCUCGUCGCUCACCACCGCACGAUGGACCGGACCAGCAACAUCGACCAUAACCUGGAGCACUGCUACUACCACGGCACGGUCAAGGACUACUCUGGCGCCAUCGCUGCCUUCAGGACCUGCAACGGCCUGGCGGGCAUCAUCCAGCUGGGCAACGAGACUCUCCUCGUCUCCCCGAUGGCUGGCGGCGAGAAGCUGCCCAAGCACCCGCACUUCGUCAUUGAGUCCAAGAACACCCACAUCAAGCAGAAGUGCGGCUACACGAGUGGGUAUGAGUGGGACAUGUUCGAGAGAAGCUUCAAUCGCAUGAAUCGUGGCCGCAAGAGGAAGCAAACGAGGCAGCGCUACAUCCGCGACGUGCGAACCACCAUCAAGUACAUCGAGACGGCGCUCUUCCUGGACAACAAAUUCAUGGAAGACCGCAACUAUUCACGGGUUCGAGCCAUCAACGACGCGCUUCAGAUCGCUAACAUUGCGGACUUGUACUUCAAGACCAUCAACACCAGAAUCACCAUCACCUACCUGGAGACGUGGUCGGGGAGGAACUUGAUUGAGCUAGGGGGGAACCAGCCCAUCUCCAAGGCCAUUAUUAACUUCUUUGGCUACGUGGGUGACAGCCUCAAUGAGUUUCAAAAGGAUACAUCACAUCUCAUCACUGGGGAGGAGUUCCAGGGUGGUGAGUCUGGCAUGAGUGUGCCCAACAGUGUGUGUACGUCUAAGGCUGCUGGAAUCUCAGUGGACCUCAACAUGUACGAACCUCACCUGGUGGCCUCCACUAUGACCCACAUGAUUGGCCACAACAUUUACAUGAUCCACGAUGAAGGACAACCAAACUGUUACUGUCAAGACUGGCAUGGAUGUCUCAUGUCCAAGAAUGUGGUUGGUCAAGACAAUGUACAGCCAUCAAAGUUUUCCAAGUGUUCUGUCGAUGACUACCACCAGUCUCUGCAGCAGGUUGAGGAGGCCAGUUGCCUUCUACGGACAUUCUCCAAGUUCAAAACAACUCGCCCCGGGCCGGGAGGAAAGUUAUCACUACACAAGGGAAGGCUUCCACAGCACUUCCAGUGUGGAAAUGGAAGAGUAGAUGAUGGAGAGCAGUGUGACUGUGGCACCAGAGAGCAAUGUGACCGUAUUGACCCUUGUUGUGACCCAGUGACCUGUCGUCUCAAACUCGAAGCUGACUGUGCCACUGGGCCAUGCUGUGAUAACUGUAGGUUGCGCCCCAAGGGCUACUUAUGUCGUAAAGCCCAAACUGAAUGUGAUAUCCCAGAAUUCUGCAAUGGUCUCCAUGGUUCAUGUCCCAUGGAUAUCUACAAAAAAACUGGGAACAAGUGUGGUAAUGGAAAGGGGUAUUGCUUCAAGGGUGUUUGUCCAACACUCAAUCAUCAGUGUGAAGUCAUAUGGGGUUAUGGUGGUCAAGCCUCUGAUGAUACUUGCUAUAAGCAGUUCAAUGUAGAUGGGGUUAUCUAUGGCAACUGUGGUCGGCAUCAUAAUGGUACCUACAUAAAAUGUGAAUUGGGAAACAUCAUGUGUGGUACUUUACAAUGUCAACAAGGGAUGGAGCAUCCUGUAUCACCAAACUCAGAUCAAAGUUAUUCCCGAACUAUAGUUGCCACGGGUGGACACGAGUAUGAGUGCAAAACUGUUCGCUAUGAGGUGUCUGAUGAAAGAAAAGGAAGAGGAGACUGGACCUUAGUCCGGGAUGGCACAGCUUGUGGGGAAAAGCUAAUUUGUGUCAACCAAACCUGUGAAUCACUCUACCCUUUCAUUGAACCUGGACACUGUGAAACUAACAAUAAUGCCCUUGAAUGCUCAGGACAUGGGGUGUGCUCCAAUGUCAACUCCUGCUACUGCACCCCGGGUUGGACUGGGGUAGACUGCUCAAUUUUCGACAACAGUUCUCUCUACACCACACCAUAUCCAGAUGGUACCCAGCGGCCACACCCCCAAACCCCCACAGAGAAGAGUCCUGAUUCUAAUUCCAGCACCAACGCAUGGGAUACAAAACAAGGACGCAACACACAAUAUGUUGGGCAGCAGGGGAGUGACACGGUGUACCUCGUGGUGGGGUUGGUGUCAGGAAUGGGCGGGGUGUUCUUUGCGUUUGCGUUCAUGGCUUUGUGCUACAGGUCAGUGGUAGUCCACAAAAAUUACUCCCUGUGUCUAAGACGCAAGACAACAAUGCCCAAGUAUGAUGCACCUUACCUUAAGAGACCCAUAGUCAAGAAACCCCCCCAGCAACAUCUUCAGCCCAUGAUGGGUAAUACUGAAGAAACCCCAAUUGAUUUGGGUAGUCGUAUUAAAUUCGGGGAGAUGCCCAGCUAUAGCCCUGGGCGUCCUCCUCUGAGUCCGACACUAUCUCGCAGCAGGUCGCUUGACUCGUGCCGUGAGCACAAGCUUCAGACGAUGAGGCGGCCCGGGGCCCCAGGUGGUGGCUCUCAGUCUGAAGAAGAAGCGCUGCAGUCAGGGGAGGAUGAGGCGGUGUCGUUCAUUGAGCUACCAUCUAACAACUUGAGCAAGAUACCUGAGAAAGGGAUCCUGAAGAAGUCAUAUGGCCUCCUCACGCCAGCAGAGAAGGAGAAGUGGGGUGAGGAGUCCCAGAGCGACAACAACGAUGUCCUUAGCCAGAGUGAUAACAACGUUGAUGCUGAGUGCCAAGUCUCUGAGGUUGAACGAACACUCAAAAGUCUGAAUGGUUACCAUGAAGAUAUCAUCGAUGCUCUUAAACGAGCUGCAUCUCAUCGAUCUGGAGCAACAUCCUUGUCCUCAGAUGAGUUACAUACAGCUCAUCGUGACUCAUACCCACGAUUUUCACCUGGAGCUGCUGCUGUUGGUGGUGCAGCAGAAUUCACCAGACUCAAAGCAUCUCAUGAAAAGCUAGCUGACUCGGGAGGAGAAGACGAUCAAGCCCCACCAUGUGGACCCAUCAGGAUCCGUAACUUAGAAGACUUAAUACGGCAGCUCGAGCAUCAUCCUUCACGCCACAUGUCGCCAUCAGGGUCUGAGGAGAUCAGGAUGAGUGAGACUGAAGCUGAUCGCCAUUACCGUCUUGACUCCUCCUCCUGCACAGAGUCACAAGGGUAUGUGAGGCCGUGGCGCCGAGGGCAGGAGUUUGGGCACGGGGACUUCGGUGGUCCUCUUGCAGGGCCUUCAGGCUCCCCAGGGACUCCCGGAGACAAAUUGGCAGAGCUGUUGCAACUGGCAUCCCCAGAAGACCACGAGAGGAUCCUGCGUGCCGCAGCCAUGCUGUCCCCAGAGAGUCCCACAAGAGGUAGAGCAGACAAUGGCGGGAUGGGUUUCGUAUAUGGUCGCUACAGACAACCUCCGAGCAGUGGGAGUGGGACAGGGUCUGCCAGUGGGCGUGGUUCCGAUAGAUUAGGAAGUGGUGGGCAUGAGUUCUCAGAUGGAGCAGACAGUCAUGCCUUCACUGAGGAAGAUGACCUGGAAAGGCCAGAUGCUGGGGAGACAGCAGAUUCAGAGAGUGAUGAGUACUCGGCGAGACCACCCAGUGCCCUCCUGCGCUCUGCAAGUGAAGAAGCACUGCCAGUCACACGCUACGAGGCUGCGAGGUUUGAGGCAGCUUCACCCAGGGAGCCACGCCUGUACUCACCACCCUCUGAUGCUGCCUCGUAUCAUGAGGAUCAAGACUUCCCCCCCCCAGAACAGCAAAAUCAAGAACCUCAAGAAGCUGCAGACCCAAACCAUCCCCUCUGCUCUCAGAGGAGGUAUCCUGAGUACAAGCACUGACAAUGGCCCUAUUAGGAUACUUUAUAAAGGGUCAUUCUUCAACUAAUUCAUUGUCACUAGAAAAUAAUGGAAACAUUGUGGGUAGUUCAUUCAUAUUCCAUGAAAUUCAAUAAAACUAUCCAUGGUAAAGACUAUUUUAUGAGUAAUAUGGGGGUAAAUGAUAAGCAAAGACAUUUCCAAGUAAAGGGAAGGUUACUUACAUUUCCUGGUUGUGUAAUAACUUACGUAUUGCCAAUACACAGUUAUUAAAAUGGACAAAACCUUUGUGGAAACAUUUGCAACAAGUGGUUGCUCUGCAUCAGUGAGGUAAGUACUGACAUUUUAGUGAACUAAAAAUGCAGUACUGAAGCAAGGCUCCCAAAAGUGUUGUGCCCCAAGUCAAGACUGCUCUAAACUCCGAAACGUGUUCAUGAACUAGUUGCUAUCAAGCCUCUCAGUGCCCUGACUCAUGCCUCAAUGGGACAUAUGCCACUGUCAACAAUCAUAAUUUUACACUGUACAGAAAUCAUUUUUAGAAUAAACGUCAUCUGAGGAAAAGAUUUAACAGGGCCAUGGUCAUGAAUGUUGUAACUGUGUGUCUCAAAAGGGUUCUGGUGAGACUGAAAAUAGGAUUUUAGUUUGCUAGUGCAGACUUAGCCGUCCAGCGCACGAGUGAUACUCAAUUCCUUCACCAUCAAGAUGUCAGUUCCGUUGCUCAAACUGAGUGAAGAAUGUCAGCUGUGUAAUAACUUGAAAUAUCAGUUUGAACAUGACCUAUGCUUCUGUUAAUAAGUGUACUAUAUAUAUACAUGUAGUUGACAAGUGACACAAAAAAACUGUCAGUCUAUUUUCAUUUUCUUUAUUUUCCACUCACUGUAUCAAAUUUUUGGCUAAUGAAUAGUUAAAGAUUUACCAGUUCCUUGUCUGUCAGUAUCUUGUCAACAAGCUCCCAGAAUUAUCAUGGAAACAAAAUGUUUUACAUACAGUUGUGUAUUUAAACACACUGCCCAUUUAAAUCUUUUUCACAUAAUAGGUGGCCAUGACUGCUCACCCAGUACCUUGUAAAUAUUUUAUAGACAGGGUGUUAAUGUUUGCCUUUUGCUGCACUGCAAAAGUUCAUGGCCAGCAUUUAGGGUUUAGGCUGACCUGCCAGCUGUUAUGAAUAAUAUCAGCAGUUUGCUAAUCAACCCCUCUACAGUAGGAGCCAGUUGGCUGUCAUGGUUCUCCAGAUCAGGAUCCUACCCAAAAAGUCCUACAAUAUAAUUAUGAGAGUCCCAUCCCCUUAUACUCAUAAUGCAGACAUAUUUUCAAAUUACCACUGCAAUUUCCUUUCUUUUGAGAGACCAGGUGUUUUAACAGUAUCAUUAACCCAUUGUAAGUACUGUAAUUUGCAUAAAACACAAUAGGAUGAUUUUUUAACAUUAGAAACUACUAGUGCUUAAAAUUUCUUACUUAAAUGAUAUGAGAAUAAUUAAAAAUCUAAUAAGCUGUCCCUAUACUCUCAAAAAAAUAUUACUGAAAAAUGUUUAGUAGAAGGUGAAAAGUGCAAUGAGUGGAUAGACAGGUUGUAUACUGUAAUAAGACUGUAUCAAUAGCUAGAUAUUCUGUUACUGUAGACGUUUAAUAAGAUCAGCCUUCUGCCCUGAUUGUAAUCAAAACAGACAGAGAACUUUUACAGAUUUGUCUGUUAUGUACAAGUCAGGAACAACUUUCCAGCAGCUGGUACUCCAAGUGAUGCUCAAAUAUGUAACAUACAUUUGUUGCAAAAUGGAAAGUCAUUUAAUCAGUCAUUGCCUUCUGAGAAGGUAAAAUGAAGGCUGAAUUGAAAAAUGUGUAUGAGUUAUCAACUUCCAAAAAGAAGUGCCUUCCAAGAAGGCAAAAACCAAAAUGUUGCUGAAGAGCUUAAAGUCACCAACCAUCAAGGCAAAGUGUUCCCCUGUUCAUAGCCGUGAGCUGACCCAAACAAAACCUUUGUUUAGAGUUCAGUUGUGUAAAGAUCUGUUGUCCUACUGCCAGUUUAUCUUUAGUCAUUAAUGUCAAGUAAAAUAUUUUAAAAGGAAAUACUGUAAUAUGUGUUUGAACCAAGGCAAUGCUAUGGAAUUGUGUCUUGUAUCAAAGUACUUUUAUUGAUGAUGCUGAAAUCAAUAAAGUAAAAAUAAUGCAUUAUUAUAAAUGUAGAUGUCAAAAGUUGCACAAUUUAAAAUUAUUUCACACCCUUCUAAAUACCUAACAGAGCUUUUCCAGAAAAUUCAUUACAUGCUAUGUCUCACUAAUGAUGUGACUGGGAUAAGAACUGUAUGCAUUAAUUUUCUAUUAGCUGAUCAUAGCGUAAUGACUUUAAUGUUACCAGUUUAUCAAAAUAACUUUACAUUCAUCCAUAACUCAGUUUAGAAGGCCAAUACUGAUCUUUAUUCCAGUCAGAGUAAUUAGUAAGGUAUCAAAACAGUGCCAAGACCUCUUUUGCAUGAUUUUAUGGAGUAAGCCUCAGUUAAAGCAUAUAUAUAUAUAUAUAUAUAUAUAUAUAUAUAUAUAUAUAUAUAUAUAUAUAUAUAUAUAUAUAUAUAUAUAUAUAUUACAACUAUUCAAUAACAAUGAAAAUUGAAGUUCAUAAACUAAUUGUAUUUUUUCUAUAGGACAAAAGUAUUAUGGCCAAGGAGUGUGAAAUUAAACAUUAGUGUUUAAAAUAACUUGUCAGGCUUCAUGAAGGCUUUCAGACUUCAUCAAUAACAUCCUAUCAUAAUCAUUAUUAUUGUUAUUAUUAUUAUUGUUAUUAUUAUUAUUAUUAUUAUUAUUAUUAUUAUUAUUAUUAUUAUUAUUAUUAUUAUUAUUAUUAUUAUUAUUAUUAUUAUUAUUAUUAUUAUUAUUUCAAGUAAUGUCAGUGCAUACAUCAUGGAAAUAUAAGACGAUUGUCUCAGAGCUGGAUAAUGGCAAGAGUUGGCAAGCGUAUGUAAUGUCACCUUUCUUCAAUUAAUUAAUGAAGUAAGGAAAGAUAGCCAAAAUUUUCACACAUAGCGGAAGUACUAGCCUUUCCUUCCACUAAUGUAUCUGAAGCUUCUGUGGUAUAUAAACCUGGGAAAUUUUGAGCAACACCAGUGCCAUACUGACUGUGCUGGGAAACAUUUGCAGGAAUCAAAAAUAUGCUGAAUGGGAAAUAGAGGAUGUCCAAAGUUGAAAGUUGUGACAGGAGAAUACAGGAUUGGGUGUUAAAGUGUGAGAAUCUUAAAAGGAUAAGAAAAAGAAGAGAAAGGAAAAGAAAACUUGCUUAGCAUGUUUGAGAUGGAAAGCUGAUAUAAAAAGCCUGAAAAAAAGUAUGAUAAUCAUAUUAGGAGCGUAAGCUAGCGUGUUUGGUGGGAAGUCACUAGCAGUAGUGAUGUAUGCCAAUUUGAAAUACAGUAAACGUCCAUUAAUAGAUACAGCAGCAGACCCAUGUCUGUUCAGAUUGGCAAUUUUCAGGCAACCCUGAGUCAUUGUAACAUGCACACACAUUCUGAGUACUGAUUUGACUGGAAUGCAAACUUUUAAAAUCAUUCUGUCUUAAAAAAUUAUGAUUUGGACCAGUGGAAUCUGAAUGAAUGGACUUUUAUUAAAUGUACUGACAAGCUAUGAAUUGAAGGCACAACAUUGCCAUGCAUUGCAACUAAUUAUAUGCCCUUUAUAUCUUACAUAUUUUUAUUAAGUGCGAAAAUGAGUAUUUACUCCAUCUCUUGAGAGCAACAUUACUCCUUAAACUGAUUUUUUUUCCUCCUUACUGGCCAGUUACCAUAUUUGCCAAAAAUAGUUAUGAUGAUGUUUUUCACUCCCAUGCAGUAUCAUCUUAUGUAGUGUACUGUUUUAUAUAAAUGUCAUUCUUAGUAAUACAAAAGGGUUGGUUCUUAUUGUUUAUCAUACACAAGAGGUCUUGACAGGUUUUCUGUUUGCAACCAAUGUGUACAGAAAGGUUAUAUCCAGUCUAUGACAAUUAACAGCAUAAUGAACCGAAAACAUAUUCCAUACUUUUUAAGUAGUUUAUCAUUGCCAUAAGAAAUGAACAAAUGUAAAGUAUAAAAAGAAAAGCCUAUCAUAUUUAUACAUUUCAGAAGCCAAAAGCUUUGUAUCUUCUUAGGUUCUGUAUUCAGCAUAGUGUGGGCUACAUCAUUAAACAUUUGGAAACUUUUUGAUAUGUGAAUACACAUCUGAAAGAAUCACUAACUCUCAGAUAUAUUAUGUAAUAUUGUUCAAGAAACUAAGUUCAGAAAAGUUAAGACAUAUAUGCAUACUUGCACAGUUUCAGCUCAUGAUUAGUUCAAGACUUCAGCUCACACAUUUUCUAGGAAUGUAAACUUUCCCAUUAUUCUCAGAUAUUUAAUUUUGUAGUUCUUACUGUCACAGCUCAAGCUGUAUAAGACUGUAAAUUAUUAGUAAUACCCAAUUGGUUUUAUGUGUGCUUUUUGUAUAAUGUGUUUUGUGCCACUUUACAUACUCAUAUAACAAUCAUUUACUCAUGUUAAAUCUAAUGUCUUUCAUGUUUUGUAAUAAAAGUAAUGCUUGAUGUGCUAUUUGUUCUUGUAUCCAAUGAUGUAAAUUAGGACUUACCUUAAAUACUAAUUUAUUGAAUAUACUAAAUUGAUGUCAAGAAACAACUGAAGCAUUACUGUUAAAAAAAUCUUCAUAAUUCCAACAAAGACUGUCAGCAAUUUAUACAGAUGAAGAGAAAGCUCAAAAAUGUAGUUAUGUUAAGGAAUAUUUCACAGAAGUAGGAAGUAUUUACAUAGUGGUAAUACUGUUGUUUUAUACUCUAAGCCCUAGAGUGAGGGUGUUAGUGUGUGUUGGAAAUGUAGAUUCUGAGGUUGGUAUAACGAUUGUUCCAGUAUUAGGUUUACACUUUUGUUACUUAUUGUAUCUCACUUACAUACUUCAUUCCAGUCACUCUAAGGAUGUGUUUCAUUUGUGUGUUCUAAGUGCAUGUGUAUCAUAGAUAAAUUAUUUAUCAAAUAUAGAUUAUUUCUAUGGGUGCAAAUUCAUGAAUAUUUUGUCAGCAAAUCAAACAAAAUACACACAAAAAAACUACAGUAAUGCUGACUUCCAUAAGUAUUAUGUUUGAAAAACUAAUUGUUAAAAAAGCCACAAAAGUUUAUUCAUUAAUGAUAAGUGUAACUACACUCAGACAUGUCAAAUCUUCUUGAGUAGUGAUCAUCUUUUGUACUAAAAGUAAUGCAUUGAGUGUUUCAGACACAAGCUCUGAAGUAAAUAUUCUGAUGAAGUAUCUGUGUAUCUGUGUGAACUGACUUUUUUCUUGAUAAUUACUUAGAAAAGUCUAUAAAUUUUGUGUUAUGUAAAAAAUGAGAUAAAUAAUAAAAUAGAGAAAAUUAUCUUGCAAAACUUGUCUGCUACAAUAUACAUGAAAAGAGAAUUGCAAGGAAAACACAUGACCUCUUUGAAAAAAAGAACAAGAUUACUUGUCAUGCAAUUCUUGUAGAUUACAACAAAAAAUGUGUGGCUGCUGCAUUUUAUGUAAAUGUUUCACAAUUAUGGUUGAGAUUUGAGCUUUUUUUCUAUAUAGCAGUGCAAUCCUUAGCUCAUUUCAAAAGGACUUUGUAGGAUAUGCUUGAUUUAUAGUUUUUAUUUUGCAAUCAGAGCAUAUGGACUCCCCCUGCCCUGUGUACAUGUCCAUUUAUAUCAAGAAGUAGCACUUGACCUCAAGUGGGGUGCCGGCCCGGGGCAUACCAUAUGAGUUCAAAUCUUCCUCUUCUGUGGUUGGACUGUGUGACUGUGAACUUGAGCAUAAUUCUGUAUGUAGAAGCAUUGUGCCCUGUAGCACUAAAAGUGGGAGUUGGGCUUGGCCUUGUAACGAAGAUACAUUUCACAGUUGUUAUUUAGCAUAGGCAGUAAUCACUACCAAGAGUAAUUAGUUCAUAUAUGGAGUUUUUGCCACAUAGGCAUUAUGUAUCAUGCAAGACCUUUCAUUUGAGAUUGUUUCCAUUAUAUUCUGAGGCAGACAAAUAUCAGUCUAGGAAUUUGGGUAAGGUAAAUUAUAUACUUAUUAAAUAUAUAAAAUCUAUAUUCACAUCAAAAUGAAAUACAAAAUAAAACUUAUAAAGUAAAUACAAAGUAGUAAGUUAAUGGAAUUUUCGUUUGACAUUAUUAGACAUGAUAUGCAUUCAACUUUCUUAGUUUUUUUAAUUAUGCAUAAUAUUAACCAAUGAGCAUAUAAUCAUUGUCAUAAAUACUUACUUGUUUUAAUUAACCAAUUUCUUAUUUGAAUAAACUCAAAGAAAACUCAGGUAAAUAUGUUUCUUGCUUUGUGUUGAUCAACUUGGAGCCCCAGCAGGCCUGUCCCUCCACCUUCCCCAGCUGUAACUAUUGUCUCUGUUACCCUUCAGUAGAUUUUCUUAGCAUAGCACUUAGUCACAGAUUCAAAUAAAAAUCAUGAAUUUUAAUUCUUAACAUUACUAUUAACCCAGGUCAACCACAAUUUUCUUGACAGCAUAACAACUCCUUGGUCAUUUGAGGACAUCCUGUAUUAUGAAAACAUCAGACAAUCAAAAUAUUUGUUACCCACGAGUCUCGCUAAAACUUCCUAGAUAUGAUCUGUAAGCAUUUUGUUAUCAAUGUGGCAGUCCUUGUUUCCACGGAAAUUAGUAUGUAUGCAGGUAUUUAGAGUUAGGUCCAAGCAUUCUUAAACCAAAGUCAUAUUCAUAUUGAAUGCACACUUUAUUUUGUCUACACAGAAGUUCAUUCAAAGUUUUCUUUGUGAUACAUCUCAUUUUUCCUACUUUUUAAUUUUCAUAAAUUUAUGAUUUCCUUUGUCAUCCACAGUGUAUCUGUCUGUUGAGAGUUGAUGAGAAUGUGGAUCAUCACAAAUUUGAAUUUGUUUACUGAAACCUGUUUGUACAGAAGUUAUAAUAAAUAAUUGUACAUAAA